AUGGCCAUGAACGUGCAACGAGCCGAGCAGUCUACCACCACGGUUGCAGCCACCAACAGUCCCAUAAAGAGCAUCAUCGCCACCAGCAACGGCGGCCUCGUCAGCUCGCACCAGGACGGCAAGAUCAGAGUCCGGCGGCACCGGAGGCGACGCACCUGGGUGCACCACGUCGACGCGGUCGCCGCGCUCGCGCUGUCCCCGGGCGGCGCGGAGAUGUACUCCGUGUCGUGGGACCGGAUCCUCAAGGCGCGGCUGCCGAACCUCCGCUGCGUGGAGUCCGUCGCGCCCGCGCACGGCGACGCCAUCAACGCCGUGGCCGUGUCGGCGGACGGGCACGUGUACACCGGCUCGGCCGACAGGGCGAUCAGGGCGUGGAGGCGCCAUCAGCCGGGGCGGGGGGAGGGAAAGCUCGCGCUGGUCGCCACCAUGGAGCGCCACAAGGCGGCAGUGAACGCGCUGGCGCUGGGCGCCGACGGGCGGGUGCUCUACUCCGGCGCGUGCGACAAGACGGUCAUCGUGUGGGAGCGUGCAGGUGCAGGAGAGAGCGUGGCCGCCACCGCCACCGCCACGUUCAGGGGCCACACGGGUGCCGUACUUUGCCUGGCCGCCGCCGGGCAAGUGGUGUGCAGUGGCUCGGCGGACAGGACGGUGAGGGUGUGGAGGAGAGGAGCGACAGCGGCGGUGCAGGGGGCGAGCUACACCUGUCUCGCCGUGCUGGAAGGCCAUGCUGGAGCAGUGAAGAGCUUGGCGUUGGUGAACAAAUCGGGAGGUGAUCACGGCGGUUCGUGCGACGAGCGCUGCUGCACCGGCUGCCGCUGUGCAGCAUUUGUUUGUAGCGGAUCGCUGGACUGUGACGUCAAGAUUUGGAGCGCGUGGUUGUUUCUUGCUUAUGACUUGCUGUAG